CCUGCCCCGGGUCCCCAACCCCCUGCCCACUACCCCUGAGCCCCUGCCAGCCGUUCCCACUGCCCCGAGCAGGACUCUCAGCUGAGCCUGGAGGGCCAGGGAGAAAGGAGCCCUGGUGCCGUCGCCAAGGGCAGCUCCCAAUCUCUGGGUAAGGGGCAGCUAUGUCCCCCACAGCAGAGACAGGUGUGGCUUGGCCAGGGCCUGUCUUCGGGGAGCAGACUCCUGGUACGGGCAGUGGCCGGCGUGGGCGAGGGCUCCAGGUAGAUGCCUCUCGGGACUAAGGAGACUCGGCUCCAUGUGGGCCUCAGGUCACCCUGGGCCCGUGUUCAUCGCGACCCUGACCUCCCACCUUGUGGCAUCAGCACUCUCUGACCAGGGGCCCCCCAUUUCCCUGGCGGAGAGCCUGUGUUCCCCAGGCUCAGUGUCCCCGCAACCUGGGAGCUGGUUACGCGGGGUCAGCGUGUGGGCUUGAAACCCGCAGAGGGAAUCGGCCGCAUUCAGUCCGUGAGGCCGGGUGGUGGACCGUCCCAGCCUGUCCACUCGCAGCGCAGGCCCGCCCAGCCCUGGCCUGGCCGCGGCUUCAGGGAGGCCAGGCUGCCUUCUGCACCGUGGAGCCCAGGCCACCACUCGGCAGGGACGGAGGUCCGCACCCCGAGGGGAGCGUGGCCAGCUGGCGCGGCCCAGGCCCACGGACAGGAUGCAGGACACCUGCCCUCGCUGUGCAAGCGUCUGGAAGGGGGAGCCACCAUGGGUUCCAGGGGCCACAGGCCAUCCCUGCAGCAGGCCCGUCCCCCGUGGCCCCACCCCCGUGGCCCCACCCCCUGGAGCUCCUGCUCUGCGCUGGGCCUCCCGAGGGCCAGAUGACAUCAAGGGCAUGGUGUGCGGCCUGGCCACGCCUCCGGGCAGCCCCGCUGUGGUCCCCGCGCGCAGAGGGCCACGCGCUCAGGGUGGGUCCAGCGCUCCCGGGGCCUGAGAUCUCAGCCUGUCCCAGAAAGGUGUGUGACCCACGCACGUGACCUCAAGUCUCAUGGGAGCUGUGUCAGGUCAACUGCCAGUCCCGGGAUGUGCCUGUGGGGCCCGCGUGUGGGGGUGGGGAAGUGGCGUCCGUGUCCCAGCCAGCAUCCCCGGGCCUCCCCUCCUGGCAGCCUCGUCCCGGAGGCCGGGGAGGCUGUCGGCAGCAUGAGUAGGAGCUGGCAUGGCGACCCGAGGACGCGGAGGGACCUUCAGAGUCAGCCUCCCGCUGCACAUGCGUCCCCGCUGCGCCCAGCCGUCCCCUCCGCCAGCCGCGUGCCCGCCUGCAGGCAGACUUUGACCCCGGCACAGGCUUCAGUGGUCGCCGAGGAUCAGGAGCCUAGGAGCUUUGGUUCAAGACAAUUAAAGACGUGGGAUGAGGAUCCAGUGACAGACGCGGUUCUGCCUGGGGAUUCUGAAGAUAAAACGCUUUGAAAAGUCGAAUUCAUGGUCGUGGAAGCCGAGCCCAUAUUAAGAAAUGUCAGGCGUCCGACCCCCGAUCAUGAAUGGGCCCAUGCAUCCCCGGCCCCUGGUGGCGCUGCUCGACGGCCGGGACUGCACGGUGGAGAUGCCCAUCCUGAAGGACGUGGCCACAGUGGCCUUCUGUGACGCCCAGUCCACGCAGGAGAUCCACGAGAAGGUGCUGAACGAGGCGGUGGGGGCGCUGAUGUACCACACCAUCACGCUGACCAGGGAGGACCUGGAGAAGUUCAAAGCUCUGCGCAUCAUCGUCAGGAUCGGCAGCGGAUUCGACAACAUCGACAUCAAGUCAGCUGGGGAUUUAGGCAUCGCUGUCUGCAACGUGCCGGCGGCGUCUGUCGAGGAGACCGCCGACUCCACCAUGUGCCACAUCCUCAACCUGUACCGCAGGACCACCUGGCUGCACCAGGCGCUGCGGGAAGGCACACGGGUGCAGAGCGUGGAGCAGAUCCGGGAAGUGGCUUCCGGCGCCGCCAGGAUCCGCGGGGAGACCUUGGGCAUCAUAGGACUCGGUCGCGUGGGGCAGGCGGUGGCACUCCGGGCCAAGGCCUUCGGUUUCAACGUGCUCUUCUACGACCCCUACCUGUCGGACGGCACCGAGCGGGCGCUGGGGCUGCAGCGGGUGAGCACCCUGCAGGACCUGCUCUUCCACAGCGACUGUGUGACCCUGCACUGCGGGCUCAACGAGCACAACCACCACCUCAUCAACGACUUCACCGUCAAGCAGAUGCGACAAGGCGCCUUCCUGGUGAACACGGCCCGGGGCGGCCUGGUCGACGAGAAGGCCUUGGCCCAGGCCCUGAAGGAGGGGCGGAUCCGGGGCGCCGCCCUGGACGUGCACGAAUCUGAGCCCUUCAGCUUUAGCCAGGGUCCCCUGAAGGACGCUCCCAACCUGAUCUGCACCCCCCACGCGGCCUGGUACAGUGAGCAGGCGUCCAUCGAGAUGCGAGAGGAGGCGGCCCGGGAGAUCCGGAGGGCCAUCACAGGCCGCAUCCCCGACAGCCUGAAAAACUGUGUCAACAAGGACCACCUGACCGCCGCCACCCACUGGGCCAGCAUGGACCCCGGCGUAGUGCACCCUGAGCUCAACGGGGCCGCCUACAGCAGGUACCCGCCGGGCGUGGUGGGCGUGGCCCCCAGCGGCAUCCCCACUGCCGUCGAAGGCAUCGUCCCCAGCGCCAUGUCCCUGUCCCACGGCCUGCCCCCCGUGUCCCACCCGCCCCACGCCCCUUCUCCCGGCCAAACCGUCAAGCCCGAGGCAGAUAGAGACCACGCGAGCGACCAGUUGUAGCCCGGGCGGAGCUCGACGGCCUCGGCGCAGGCAGGGCGGCGCCCUCGGAGCGGCGUGUGCAGAGGCAGCGCCUGUGGUGGCCCCGGCGCUGCAGAGACUGUCCAGGCGCCGGGCGGGGGAGGUGGCGCCGGCCUCCCCGCGUCCGCUGUAGUUGUCCCGUCCCGAGGGCCAGCCGCUGUCCUGUGUCCUUUGCGUCCUCGUUAAGCAAAAGAAGUUAGUAGUUAAUUCUAUCAUGAAUGUUCUCGUCUGUGUACAGUCUUUAGAACAUUACAGAGGAUUUGUUUGCUUAGCUGUCAACAGCAGGAGAGCCUGAGCGAACACUCAGCAGGCCGCGUCACACGGCGCCCCUCGUGUGGGACCGCGCCCCGGAACGAGGCAGUUGGCAAACUUCUCAGGACAACGAAUCCUUCCCGUUUUUCUUUCUACGCCACUCAGUGCAUUGUUUUUUCUACCUGCUUGUCUUAUUUUUAGAAUAAUUUAGAAAAACAAAACAACGGCUGUUUUUCCUAAUUUUGGCAUGAAUCCCCUUGUUCCAAACAAAGACGGCUUCGCAAAGUGGCUCCAAGAAGUGCGCGUCGCCCACAGCGCGCUCGGCCGUCGGCAUCUGUCCUGGGGAUGUGAGGGCGCAGCGUCCCGGCCUGCGCGGGUGCCGUCCUGCUGACGUGGUAGGCUAGCAAUAUUUUGGUUAAAAUCAUGUUUGUGACUGUAACCAUUUGUAUGAAUUAUUUUAAAGAAAUAAAAAUCCCAGAAAGA